AUGCAAGUGGCCAAAUCAUUGCACGAAUUUCAAACACUCAGAAAAUUAUUGGGCAAUAAUGGAAAGGUUGUGAGUUUUGUUCCCACGAUGGGAAACCUCCACAGCGGUCAUUUACAAUUAAUGAAAAUUGCAAAACAAAACUCGGAUGUGGUUGUAAGCUCUGUUUUUGUAAAUCCUGCACAAUUUGCAGCAAAUGAAGAUUUUGAUAAGUAUCCAAGGACUCUACAAUCAGAUUUGGAAAAGAUGAAGGAAAUUGGUGUGGAUUUAGUGUUGGCUCCAGGUGGAACUUCAGAGCUGUAUCCACAUGGAUACAUGACACGUGUCUUUAUGAGUAAGAUAUCGACGGAUACAGCUCAGUCACAUCCAUUGAGGAAUAGUUCUGGAUCUGUUGGGGAGGAAUUGAAUCAUAAUUGGUUGGAGGAUCAACCAGAAGCUAUUUGUAGAAGUGGUUUCUUUGAUGGAGUUUCUACCAUUUUAGUGAAAUUGUUUAAUAUUGUAAGACCACAGGUUAUUGUGUUUGGACAGAAAGAUGCAGUUCAAUGUAUGGUUGUAAAGAGAUUGGUUAAGGAUUUGAAUUAUAUUGAUAUUGAAAAGGUGAUUAUUGGAGAAACUGAAAGAGAAUUGGACGGAUUGGCCAUGUCAUCUAGAAAUCAAUAUCUUUCUCCAAUUGAUAGGAAAUAUAUUGCACCAAUUUUGAAUAGGAUAUUAUUUGAUGCUCAAUCAUCUUUUAAGAAUAUUGAAAAUGUAAAUGCUGAAUCAUUGAGAAAGUGGCUGCAAGAUUCAUAUAAUCAAUUGGAAUUUUCAUUUGAGGAAAAGUUGAAAAAUCACUAUUCGAAUGGGUAUAAUAAGGAAGAUUACAAGAUUGACUAUUUGAGUGUGUGUAAUUGGAACAAUGGUCAUGUUUAUGGAACCAUCUCUACAAAUAAUAUUUAUACAGAACCAUUUUACAGUAUUGAGAAGGAGAAUUUACAAGAUUUGACACAGCUCUGUUUAUCCACAACUGUCCGAGUUGGAGGAACUCGUUUGUUGGAUAAUUUAAUUAUCAAUGUUAGGGAAAAUGGGAUUUAAUUGUUGCUGAUCUGGUGUGUUUCUCUGAUCUUAACCCAAUUCAUUAAUUUCUUAUGGAAUUUUACCAAUGUUGAAAUUGAUUUAAUAAAAUUUAAAAACUACUUGG